AUGUUGAAACUUAUCGCGUUAACCGUUUUCUUACUCGCAUCACCAUCAUUUGGUUUAAUCGAAAGUUUACUUCAAUCGCAAAGUGACUGUUACUCGGGUUGUCGAUCGAAUUAUGCUACGAAUUCAGAUCAUAUCUUUGCUUGUCAAUCAGGAUGCAAUUACAAAUUACAAGAUGAAGAUUGUGUAAAUCAAUGUCGAUUGAUUUCGUCUGACAAACAAAUGCAAGCUAGUUGUCUCGUCGGCUGUUCAAUGAAUAAAGUAAACAUCCACGAUCGUCCACAUCGUAUUGCUGUCGUUCAAAUUCACAGCUCGUUGAACGACGACAGUACGGUCGAGGAACGUAUUCGACCCAUGGCUUCAUCAAUAGCUGAUAAAAUCAAAAAAUUCUUGACAUUAGCUAAAUAUACCCAUCUUUCAUCAUCGAAUGAUGAUAGCGAACAACCGAUCAGACAGUUCGUCGUUCUUCACGGAACCAAACUUGAAUCUACAACGGCUCAACUUCAUCACUAUGUUAACCAUCUUCAUGGCCAAUGGAAUGAACUUGUCCACAAACAAUCCAAAGUUGCAACUUGUUUCUUUGUUGGCCUUUGCAUCUUAUCCUCUUUGAUGCUUUGGUAUAUGAUUGUUUCACUCUGUCGUCGUCGGCCAACGUCGCAGAAUAUGUCUAUUCGCGCUCAAGACCUUGUCUUCGAUAGCAGUUAUGAAAAAGAAAAAAUUCAACCAAAUGAAUACUAUUACGAUGCGACACAAUCCGCACCAAUCAAAGUUAAAUUAACACAUAUCUAA